AUGGCUAACUCAGCUGCUCCGAGCACCACCGACGGUUCUGCUUCCGGCUCCGGCAAGAAGGUCCGAAAACCCUACACCAUUACUAAGUCUCGGGAGAGCUGGACGGAAGAAGAGCACGACAAGUUCCUUGAAGCUCUUCAACUGUUUGAUCGUGAUUGGAAGAAGAUUGAAGAUUUCGUUGGUUCAAAAACUGUUAUCCAGAUUCGAAGUCAUGCCCAGAAAUACUUUUUAAAGGUUCAAAAGAAUGGGACUUUGGCUCAUGUACCUCCACCACGCCCUAAGCGUAAAGCUGCUCAUCCUUAUCCCCAGAAGGCUCCUAAAAAUGUUUUGGCUCCAGUUCAAACAUCUGUCGCGCAUCCUUCUUCAGUAAAUCCUCUUGCGCCUGGAUAUAUUAGAUGGGAUGAUAGUUCCAUGCUUGUAAGUCCGCCAUCAAGUGGAGCAUUGCCAUCUCAAGAUGACUUCAAUCUUAGUGGAGCUGAAGCUGAUAUUGGACCAAAAGAAGCCACGAGGAGUAGUAAUAGCAAUCUUGGUGGUUUUGGGAGUUCUAAUAGAACACUUCCAGCUGCUAACCUAUCGGAACAGGGGAAGCAAGGUUCUCUUCUUCAUGGUUUACCAGAUUUUGCGGUAGUUUAUAGUUUCAUCGGGAGUGUGUUUGAUCCCAGCUCUGAUGGUCAUGUGGAGAAGCUGAAGGAGAUGGACCCAAUAAAUUUCGAGACUGUUUUACUACUGAUGAGAAAUCUUACCAUCAAUCUCUCCAGCCCUGAUUUCGAGCCGAUUAAAGUUGCUUUCUCUUCACAUGAUGUCAAUACAAAAUAUAUGGGUGUUGCUGGGGAACAAUGGUUGAGAAGUUGA